AUGAAAACAUCAUGUGAAGAGAAAUGUAGAAUGAAGUGUCUAAAUAAAAUGAGUGAAGAAGAAAGACAUAAAAUAUUUACUGAAUAUUGGGGAUUAGGAGAUGUCAACCGCCAACGUGAUUUUAUAUCCAAAUAUGUUACAGUAGUUUCUAAAGCUAGAACUAGAAUUCGUAAAAAGAAUAAGCAUCAUCCCGCUGAAUUACCAGAAAAGAAUGACAAUACAUUCUUAGAACUGUCUAAUGAUAAAAACAGUAGAAGAAACAGUACUUUUACAUACUCUCUUCCCAAAAAUGAAAACAAUAAGGUGCAAAUAUGUAAAACUUUUUUUCUAAAUACACUGUCAAUCAGUGCACAGGUAGUCAAAACCGUUAUGAACAAAACUGGAACUUCAGGUAUUGUUUCCGAAGAUAGACGAGGAAAAGCUUGCAAAAACACUCUUAUUGACGAGUCUACUAAACAAAAUGUUAGGGAUCACAUAAACUUAUUUGAAACAAUUGAAAGUCAUUACUGCAGACAAAAGACCAGUCGUAAAUAUUUACCCCCAACACUUAACGUAAGCAAGAUGUAUACCAUGUACCUGGAGUAUUGUCAGGAAAAGAAUAUUAGGAAAACAGUAACUGAAGCAAUGUAUAGAACAAUCUUCAAUAGAGAUUUUAAUCUAUCCUUCUUUCAGCCCAAAAAGGAUCUCUGCGAUAUUUGCCACAACUACGAUAAUAGUUCUCUUGAAGAAAAAUUAGAGUUGGAAGAAGAUUAUCGCAUCCAUAUCCUAAAUAAAAUAGGGCAAGAGAAAUCAAACAGUUUGAGAAACAAAGAGCAGCUGAGAAUAGCAGUGAGGUUUGUUGCGCUGUCUUUGACUUGCAACAAGUGUUGCCAGUUCCCAAAUCUAAUGUUGGCCUGUCCUAUUACAAAUUAA